AUGGAGGGUGGAGAUGUGUUUAGAGUUAGCAGUGCACGUAUAAGCAGUUCUAACAUAUGGAGAAGUAGCGGCAGAGAUAUUUUUUCAAGAUCUUCAGUGGAAGAAGAUGAUGAAGAAGCAUUAAAAUGGGCUGCCAUAGAGAAAUUACCAACACAUCUUCGCUUAGAAAGAGGCAUAUUAACUGAAGAAAAAGGGCAACCAAGAGAAAUUGAUAUCAAGAAUCUUGAUUUGGUCGAAAAAAGGAAUCUUUUGGAGAGGCUUGUGAAAAUCACAGAGGAAGAUAACGAGAAGUUCUUGUUAAAGCUUAAAGAUCGCAUUGACCGGGUUGGGCUUGAACUUCCAACAAUUGAGGUCCGUUAUGAACAUUUGAACAUUGAUGCAGAAGUAUACCUUGGUGGCCGGGCCCUGCCUACCGUAUUUAACUUUGUGGUCAAUAUUCUACAGGGAUUAAUAAACAAUCUGCAUAUUCUACCCAAUAGAAAGAUCCCAUUACCAAUUCUUCAUGAUGUCAGUGGUAUCAUCAAGCCGGGGAGAAUGACAUUGCUAUUGGGCCCACCAAACUCAGGAAAAACAACACUCCUUCUGGCUUUGGCUGGAAAACUUGGGAAAGAUUUGAAAGUAUCAGGUAGAGUAACCUACAAUGGGCAUGAAAUGAAAGAGUUUGUGCCCCAACGAUCAUCUGCGUAUAUAAGUCAACAUGACCUUCAUAUUGGAGAAAUGACGGUCAGAGAAACAUUAGCUUUCUCUGCCAGAUGUCAAGGAGUCGGAUCAAGUUAUGAAAUGUUGGCAGAAUUGUCAAGGAGAGAAAAGGAUGCAAACAUUAAACCGGAUCCUGAUCUUGACAUCUACAUGAAGGCAGCAUCACUAGAAGGACAAGAGGCUAGUGUUGUAACUGAAUAUAUUAUUAAGAUUUUAGGCCUUGAAGUCUGCGCCGAUACCGUAGUAGGCGAUGAAAUGUUCAGGGGUAUCUCUGGAGGACAAAAAAAGCGAGUCACAACAGGGGAAAUGAUGGUUGGACCAGCAAGAGCUUUGUUCAUGGAUGAAAUAUCAACUGGAUUGGACAGUUCAACAACUUUUCAAAUAGUGAAUUCGAUUAGGCAAUCAAUCCAUAUUCUUCAAGGAACUUCUGUAAUAUCACUCCUCCAGCCCGCACCAGAGACUUAUGACCUAUUUGAUGAUAUCAUCCUUCUUUCGGAUGGACAAAUUGUUUACCAAGGUCCCCGGGAAAAUGUUUUAGAGUUUUUCGAGUAUAUGGGAUUCAAAUGUCCCGAAAGGAAAGGUGUUGCAGACUUCUUACAAGAGGUGACAUCAAAGAAAGAUCAAGAGCAAUACUGGACAAAAAGAGAUGAGGCUUACAUUUUUGUCACUUCAAGAGAAUUUGCAGAGGCAUUCCAGUCAUUUCACAUCGGAAGAAGGAUAGGGGAUGAACUUGCUACUCCAUUUGAUAGAUCAAAAAGCCACUCUGCUGCUUUAACGACAAAGAAAUAUGGUGUCAGCAAAAAGGAAUUAUUCAAAGCUUGCAUAUCGAGAGAAUACUUGCUUAUGAAAAGAAACUCAUUUGUCUAUACAUUCAAGAUGACACAGCUCAUUUUGAUGGCCUCUAUUACAAUGACCCUAUUUCUAAGGACUGAAAUGCCAAAAGAUACUUUUAUUGAUGGUACGAUUUUCAUGGGUGCUUUAUUUUUUGCAUUAGUCACAAUCACAUUCAAUGGUUUCUCAGAGCUAUCUUUGAGCAUUCUAAAACUUCCUGUGUUCUACAAGCAAAGAGAUCUUCUGUUUUUUCCUGCUUGGGCUUACUCUAUACCGACAUGGGUUCUAAAGAUCCCGGUCACAGUCGUUGAGGUUGCCACUUGGGUAAUUAUGACUUAUUAUGUCAUAGGAUUCGAUUCAGAUCCCGCAAGGUUCUUCAAACAAAUGUUUUUGCUCAUAUGCAUUCACCAGAUGUCUUCUGCUCUAUUUCGUUUUAUAGCAUCAUUAGGAAGAAAUAUUAUCGUUGCCAACACAUUUGGCUCAUUUGGAUUACUAACUAUAUUUGUGCUUGGUGGAUUCAUCUUGGCACGAGAUGACAUAAAAGGUUGGUGGAUAUGGUGUUAUUGGUUUUCACCUAUGAUGUACGGACAGAACGGCUUGGCUGUCAAUGAAUUCCUUGGAGAGAGUUGGAGAAAGAUUUCUCCCAACUCUACAGAAACAAUUGGUGUUUUGGUCCUGAAGUCUCGUGGAAUUUUCCCGGAAGCAUAUUGGUAUUGGAUAGCUGUAGCUGCUUCAAUUGGUUAUAUGUUUCUAUUUAAUAUCUGCUUCACCCUGGCUCUCGAAUAUCUCAACCCCUUCGGAAGUCCCCAGGCAGUUCUAUCCGAAGAAAGCAUGGCUGCAAGACAAGCUAUGAAAAUGGGACAUUCAACUGAAUUAUCAGCAAGACUUCCAUCUGGUGAAUCAUCGAGAACCAGAAAACAAAAAAAGAAUGAAGUUCGAAUGUCAUCGAGAGUGGGAAACAUUAAUGAAGCAGGCGAUAUAAAAAAACGUGGAAUGGUUCUACCUUUUGUACCCCUUUCCAUUGCAUUUGAUGAUAUUAGAUAUGCAGUCGACAUGCCACAAGAAAUGAAAGCUCAAGUUGUAGCCCAAGAUCGGUUAGAACUAUUGAAGGGUGUUAGUGGUGCAUUUAGGCCCGGAGUUCUUACAGCUCUGAUGGGGAUUAGUGGUGCUGGUAAGACCACUUUAAUGGAUGUUUUGGCAGGAAGAAAAACUGGUGGUUAUAUUGACGGUAGAAUCACAAUCUCUGGGUACCCAAAAAAGCAAGAAACAUUUGCUCGUGUAGCAGGAUAUUGUGAGCAAACCGAUAUUCACUCACCACAUGUUACAGUUAGUGAAUCCUUACAAUACUCUGCAUGGCUUCGGUUACCUCCUGAAGUUGAUUCAGCAACCCGACAGAUGUUUGUUGAGGAGGUAAUGGAGCUAGUUGAGCUGGUUCCACUUAGGGAAGCACUUGUCGGAUUACCAGGAGUGAACGGGCUUUCAACUGAACAGAGAAAGAGAUUGACUAUUGCAGUCGAGCUCGUAGCUAACCCGUCUAUAAUUUUCAUGGAUGAGCCAACAUCGGGACUUGAUGCACGGGCUGCAGCCAUAGUCAUGAGAACGGUUAGAAACACGGUUGACACAGGAAGAACUGUGGUCUGCACCAUACAUCAACCAAGCAUCGACAUCUUUGAUGCUUUUGAUGAGUUAUUUCUGCUAAAAAGAGGUGGUGAAGAAAUAUAUGUUGGUCCAUUAGGCCGUCUUUCUUCUCAUUUGAUCAAGUACUUUGAGGAAAUCAACGGAGUUCAAAAAAUCAAAGAUGGAUACAAUCCAGCAACCUGGAUGUUAGAAGUGACUUCAGCAGCACAAGAAACAACUCUGGGGGUUGACUUUGCAGAAUUGUACAAGAACUCAGAAUUAUACAAGAGAAAUAAAGAUUUGGUUAAAGAAAGCAGUAAACCGAUACCUGGUUCUUCUGAUAUUGAAUUCCGUACCCAAUAUUCACAAUCGUUUUGGACACAAUGUAUGGCAUGUUUAUGGAAACAGAAUUGGUCAUAUUGGAGAAACCCCCAAUACACUGCUGUGAGGUUCUUAUUUACAACCUUCAUAGCUUUGAUGUUUGGCACAAUCUUCUGGGACAUGGGAUCCAAAAGGAGGAACCAACAAGAUUUAUUUAAUGCCAUGGGUUCUAUGUAUGCUGCUAUACUUUUUAUUGGAGUACAAAACGCGACAUCAGUGCAACCAGUUGUUUCUAUAGAAAGAACGGUCUUUUACAGGGAAAGAGCUGCUGGGAUGUAUUCGGCUUUGCCAUAUGCUUUUGGACAGGUUAUGAUCGAGAUCCCAUACAUCUUUGUUCAGACUAUUGUCUAUGGGCUCAUUGUUUAUGGAAUGAUUGGGUUCGAGUGGACAGCAGUCAAGUUCUUGUGGUUUCUAUUCUUUAUGUACUUCACCUUCUUGUACUUCACGUUUUAUGGGAUGAUGACGGUUGCAGUAACCCCUAACCACAACUUUGCUGCUAUCAUCUCCUCGGCAUUCUACGCUAUAUGGAAUCUUUUUUCAGGGUUUAUCGUUCCACGAACUAGGAUUCCCAUAUGGUGGAGAUGGUACUAUUACAUAUGUCCUAUCGCAUGGACAUUAUACGGUUUGGUAGCUUCACAAUUUGGUGAUAUAACAGAUAGGCUCGAUACAGGGGAAACAGUUGCAGACUUCGUCCACGACUUUUUUGGGUUUGAGUUUGACUUUGUUAAAUAUGUGGCAGUGAUCAUCGUCGGAUUUACUGUUUUGUUUGGGUUCAUUUUUGCAUAUUCCAUCAAGGCAUUUAACUUCCAAAAACGAUAGUAAACCCGUUCUCAUGUUCAUUGAAAAUGAACCCACUACUAGCCAGAUCCCGAAAGUACAUGUAAGCAAUGGGGAGUAUGUAAAUCAAGAAACUUGUUAUAUUUCCAACCAUCUUAUAUUACUUAGUUACUUGUCAUUAGUUGAGUUAGGUGUCCUACUAAUGGCUAAAAGUCAUGAGCCUCUAUAUAAAUGGAAACAUUACAGUGUAUUUAUUCGGAACAUA